AUGCAAGAGGCCGCGCAGGGACAGGUAGAUGGAGUCCCCUCUACCGCCAGGUUCUCUUCAGAUUACUUUGAAUGGCAGACUCAGGACGCGCACUCGAAAGUGCCGGCAGACAGCAUCGUCACCAUAAUACAAGGCACAGAAUCAAACCAACAGGAGGAAGACAGCCUGCUCUACGUCAAGCAUGAUGAAGACGGGAAAUCCGCCCGUCUAGAGACACUGAAACUGUCUGGCCUCUCAUCCUUGACCAGAUACCCGUCCUUCUGCCAUGGCCGGCCUUCUCAUCUCGCAGCCGGCGUCCGGCUUCAUGUCAUCGUCUCGAGACUGUCCGGCACUCAGAAAGCCUCGUCUUUCUUCCAGCAGGCAGUCAAGCCGUUGCUCUCGCGGCUGAAGCUAGACGGCAGCUAUACGGUCCAUGAAACUGAGUCGGCGGAGACGAUCACUCGCCUGGCAAGGACCGUCUUCCUCCCCCAGGCGCUGGCCGGAGUUCAGCAGACAAUCAUCCUUAUGUCUGGUGAUGGCGGCCUUGUCGACCUUAUACGCGUCCUAUCGGAAGCUCCAUGGGGUUCUUCUUCUACCUCUAUGCUUGUCAGACCCGUUGUCUGCCUUGUUCCGAUGGGAACGGGCAACGGGCUGGCCAAUUCUACGGGUCUGCUGGCUGACUCUACCCUGGGGCUGUCAAAUCUGGUACGAGGCUCACCCGCAGACCUCCCAGCCUUCUGUGUGAGAUUCCCGCCUGGCUCAAUGUAUGUGACGGAUGAAGGACGAGGGAGAGAGCCAGUGGCCUCGACGGGAGAGCGGGCAGAUGUAUACGGGGUGGUGGUCGUGAGCUGGGGUCUCCAUGCUUCGUUGGUGGCAGACAGUGAUACCGCUGAGUACAGGCGGUUCGGGGUCGACAGGUUCAAGAUGGCUGCCCAGGAACUGCUUCAGCCCGCAGACGGAAGUGCCUCUCAUAGCUACUCCGGUUCCGUUAUCCUCGUUAAAGCUGACGGGGAAGAAGAAGUGGUCGACAGGCCAUCGCAUAUGUAUGUGCUCAUUACGCUGGCCUCGCAGCUUGAAAAGGGGUUUACCAUCUCGCCCGCCUCAGCACCGCUUGAAAAACAGCUGCGCAUCGUGCACUUUGGCCCCGUAUCACCAGAGAGAGCCGGCGAACUGAUGGCACUGGCCUACCAGGGCGGCAAGCACGUUAACCAGCCAGAGGUUGCCUACGCCGCCGUCGAGGCCGUCAGGAUUCGGGUGCAGGAGCUGGACGAGCGCUGGCGAAGGGUCUGUGUCGACGGGAGGAUCAUCCUGCUGCCUGACACUGCCCUCGGAUCCGAAACCAGUCAAGAUGAAGCCAUCCAAAUUCGACUUUCGCAACGCAAGUUUUGCCAGCUGGUGACACAAUUGGAAGAUUUGAGCUCGAGCGCAGACAGACAAGUGCGAGAGCAGAUGCUGGUGACUCCCCGGACGUACUCGCUCUCGCAGACUCCCAGCAACGGCGUCUCCCUCUCGCCUGAAGACCAUCCGACCUUUCGUACCCUGCGUGGCUGGAGUGUGCCUCCUGCUGAGACCCGGCGGGCAGCGGAGAUGCUGCUCGUCCACCAGGCCGGCAGCCUCAAGGUUGGCGAGGUAGCGAGGUACACCCUGACCUAUACGCCCUCGGCGGACCGCAUCCUGCCCACGCCCGCACAGCUCUAUGUCAAGCUCCGCAACACCGCCGCCACUCCGCUGCGUGCUGCCUACCUUCACGGCCCCUAUGCGCUACACGUCUCUUGCCGUCCAGCUGCCUUUGAUCCCAACUGCAAGUUUGACCAACAUGAAGCCGACGGCCUGCCGCAGUUUGAGCCCAACCUGAAGCCGGGAGGAGCUUGGGAUGCCGUCAUACAAGUACCCGAACAUGUCCGGACUUCGUCUGCUGCGUCUUCCACAACGGGUGUGACCUGGAUAAUAGAGAUAUCGUCGGAGAUCAUCUUUUCCUCUACGGCUUCGGUACAGUACGAGCUUCUGGUGGGCCGUGAUGCUGCUUCUAUCGAGCUGGGAGCUCCCACCAUGGCCAACUUGCCUCCUCCCGGCCAGCUUCGAGACCAUGUCAUACCGGGGCCCUUGAAGAAACAGCAGCGUGAAAGACCAGGCCGAGUGCCAGGAGUAUAUUCAGAAUCUAUUAAGCUACGGGUAGAUGACACCACCAGCUUGUGGAAUCUGCCGCCUUUCCCUUCUUCGACAGAGAGUAGUAGCAAUAUCUCUACCUCGGAUAGUCCGGAGGGAGUUUCUUCUCCUCCACAAGAUCAGCCGAAGAAGAAACGCAAGAAGAUACAUUUUGUUCUCCUGACGCAUGGACUACAUAGUAACCUUGGUGCUGAUAUGCUCUACCUCAAGGAGAGCAUCGAUGCUGCCGCAAAGCAUGCCCGAGAAGAGGCUAGAAAACGAAAGAAAAAUCCAAAUAAUGCGGAUUCUACUGAAAAUGACGAAGAUGACGAGGAAGAUGUGAUUGUCAGAGGAUUCCCUGGAAACGCAGUGAGGACAGAACGUGGCAUCCAAUACCUGGGCAAGCGGCUGGCAAAGUACAUUCAGCUCAUGACAUACCCGGACCAGCCAUAUCUCCCACUAAAGUCCAAGAACAAGCUCAGACGGCCACAGGCUCGCCGGAUGCUUGGAGAUAAUGAAAACCAGAAUUGUCGACAGAGAGAGUAUGCCUAUCAGGUCACUAGCAUCAGCUUUGUAGGCCACUCUCUCGGCGGCCUCGUUCAGACAUAUGCCAUUGCAUAUAUACAGAAACACUGCCCAGAUUUUUUUAACUACAUCAGACCUGUCAAUUUCGUCGCCUUCGCUUCUCCUUUCCUCGGCCUCAGCAAUGAAAACCCCAUGUAUGUUAAGUUCGCCCUCGACUUUGGACUCGUUGGUCGGACGGGUCAGGAUCUCGGCCUGGCGUGGAACGCUCCUUCGAAGGUCCGCAGUGGAUGGGAAGCCAUGAUAGGAGGAUUGGGAAGUGAUGCCAAUCGUACUCAGGCCCAGGACCCGGGAUCAAAGCCACUUCUCCGUGUCCUGCCCAGUGGGGCUGCCCAUGAAGUGCUGAAACGAUUCAGGAAUCGUACCAUAUAUUCCAAUGUUGUCAACGAUGGCAUCGUCCCCCUACGUACAUCCUGCCUUCUCUUCCUUGAUUGGAGAGGCCUCGAAAGGGUAGAGAAAGCAAGGCGUGAGAAUGGACUUGUCGGAACUGUAGCUGAAUGGGGAUGGGCCCAACUGACCGGGCUCAACUCAAGUGCGCGCGCUGUUGCCCGUGCCCCUGGAUUGGCAGAAGACAAGGCCCAGGAGAGUAGUAGCAAAACGGACGCUCAGUCUCCUCGCUUAACAUCCCGUCCAGCCAGCGGAGAGAGCUCACCUGGACUGCCCCUUGCCGGUCAGUACUUGCAGACAGAAAGUGACCCGGCCCUAGCUUCGCCGCAGAGGUUAAGUCCAACCAGCCCGCCUACGUCUCCUGCAUCUCCCGGCCCCGUCAACAGCUUCUUCUCCUUUUUUCGACCGCAAAAGAAGAAUAAGGGCCAGAAGAUAUACAAACGGUCGCAGACUCUCCAUGUUGAAACACCAGGCAAAGAGACCGCACCCACGAGUAAGCCUGAAUUGACUUCGGCUCCAGUGAGAAAGGCCCUUGUCCGGGGCGACUCGCUGUAUGAUGAUGAAGACGGUUGGUAUACCCCCCCAAGGACGACCAUCCUCGAGUCAGCCGGCGACGUACUUAGCCCGCCCCUACCUCCGCUUGAGUACCUUAUAGACCCGUCCUCACGACCUAGAACUAUUUUCCACGAUCGGGUCUACCACCCUGAUGAUAUCCCUCCCCCUCCACCAACGAGGCCUCGAACUAUCUUCCGCUCGUCAAGUAAUAAUAUCAGCCGAAGUGCCUCAAUGGAGCAUCCUGCCUCACCGUCAGGUGCCGCUGAGAGUAGCAAAACACCCACAGAACUUCCUCAGAAGGGCAGCAGUGGCAUGAAAGUAGAGGAGAAGAUUGCACGGGCUUACCAUCGUGAUCUCACAUGGCGGAAAGUCCUUGUCCGCCUAGAACCGGAUGCCCAUAACAAUAUUAUCGUCCGCCGCAUGUUUGCUAAUGCCUAUGGCUGGCCCGUUGUCAAGCAUUUCGUUGAUACUCACUUUGGCUAUACUGCCUCUGCCCGUGAAUCAGACGAUCAAGAGUCUCGAGAGGAUAGGGCAAAGCCGAUGAAUGAGCCAGCAACUGAUCAGGGAGAAGAAGUUAUGGGCCAGCAUGAUUUACCACGUUGCCAGACAUCGCCGAAUAUUAUACAGGAUAACGCACCCUCGAGCCCCAGCGGCAAGAAAUCCCUCGAGCCCCAGUCAGAUUCCCCGCCGCAAAUGCAGAAUAGUCCAAGAUUAGAGCUGAAUGAGCCUACACCACCGCUUGAGCGAAAUUUGAGUAGUCUGAGCGUGAACUCAAAGACUUCGCAGACUGACUCUGCCAAAUGGACGGAUACAUACCUCGAAGACGACGGUCAUGACGAUGAGUCUGCUGAAGAUGAUAUUGAGCAUUACAAGAAACAUGACGGCAUUCGAGCUUCAGACUACUUAGAAGCUAGCACUCCAAGGCUGGGCAGCUCGGAAGCUCAAUCGCCCGUAUCAUAA